UAAAUGGGAUUCUAUUCCCUUGCAAUGGCCGGGUCCAUGUAAAUUCAACUUUUCAUGAAAUCAACCCAUAAUCAGAUAACAUGGUAUCUUCUCAGGUAGAGAUCGCUUCUUCGUCGCCUUUUGGUUGUGUCCUAAGGAACCACACCCGGAAGGAAAGAUGCAGAGAGAUCAAUGUGAGAGCUGUGUUAGACUUGGACACCAAUUUCAAAGGUUUGGUUAGGGAUCAUAUCAAUGGCUGCAUCUCUCUCUUCCGCCGCUAAUUCUCAAAAUAAGAUGACACAUGUUGCUACGUCGACCAAUGAACGAUCCAAUAUUGGUAACCAUCGUAAUUUGCACACGACUAACACUAAAAACGGGGAGCCCUCACCAAUCAGCCCAAAGCAUUCUCCUCUUGUUCUUGAUCGAUGGGUGACUAGGCAGGCUCAAGAUGUAACCACCGACAAACAUGUAGUAAAUGAAGGUGCGGGCCAAUUACUAGUUCCUACAAAUUCAAACACUGCCUCGCCCAUGGCAUCAAACUUGUCCACUCCAUUAGAGAAUGCCAUGGUCAAACACAAUCUUGGUGCUUCGUCCCUUGUUCAAAUAUGGGAGGCUAGGCUACACCGCUCAUACCAAGGCCAAAGUAUGGGUUCAGACGCUAGCAGGACAAAUCCUGGUUCAAGCUCUAAUGAGAAUAAUAUUAAUGCCUCGUCCGUGGAAGAAGCUUCAACAUUAGACGAAAACAUAGAAAACAGAAGAAACAAUGACCUUGACGAUUCUUUAAUAGAUUGCGACACAAGUGCGCCACCGUUCUGUUCUUCAUGCGAUGCUGGGGAAAGAGAAAGAGUGAGGGUAGCGGAUAUCAUCAAGAGGUUGAAAAAUGGUAGAGAAGAUGCGGAUGAUGAUGAGCGUAUUAAUACUAAUGUUACCGACUCACAAUCUAGAGAGAACAAGCAUAGCUCCACAUCAGAUCAAGGAAAGGCAGGGCGGAGGUAUUUCUUACGGAUUGCGAGUUCACCCCGACUAAGAGGGCGACAAGCAUUCUAUGAUUUGCUUAUGCAGAUAGAACGAGACAAGAAUAGAGAGUUGGAUUCGCUACUGGAACGCCGGUCAGUCUCAAAAUUCUCACAGCGGGGCCGCCUUCAGUCAAUGCUACGGCUUAGAUGUCUACAACGCAGUCUGACAAUUCAAGAUAAAUGUCGUCCACAAGGACCCGGAGUGCACGGGACCCGGUUCUCACACGGGUCUACAAUGAUGCAAGCCAGCUUAACUAAAUCCAGGGAGAAGUUUAGCACUGGUGCUGCGCAGAAUGAUUCAGCUACUUCAAGAUGCCUUCAUAGGGAUCAGGUCUCGACCCAGUUAGACAAAAGCUCCACUUCCAAACUACAAAGUGAAGAAACUCAUUGCCAAAAGGCGUCAAUAUCUGGGCACCAGAGUAUAUGUCCAGUUAAUCGCUUCACAGAGUACAGAAACGAAAAUCUUAAUGAACAGGCAAAGCCAGCUUCAUAUGCCAUACACCAAAAAGAAACAAGCUUGGAAGUGAGAUGCCUUGAAACACUAAAAUCUGCAGAUACAACAACACCAUUGGCGAGUCAAUCUGAGAAUCAAAUGGCAAAAAAACAAGGGUCCAACUGCCAACAAAAUCUAUUCCUCGACUCGCAAGAAACUGCAGAAAACGUGAAUCCCUACUCUCAAAAUGAAACUGCGGAAGAACGAGAUAAUCACCAGCAGCAUCUCUCUCUUGGCUUAGAAGAAACUACAGAAACAUCCUUGAAUGAGAUAGGUGAAGAACAGGAACUGGAACAGGAUAUCGAUGACAAGCAGCAGCUCCACCUUGACUCUCAGGAAAAUGCAGGGAAGGCAACAUUCUACAGUGACAAUGAUGGUAGUGAGGUAACCGAAGAGCUAGAAGAUCAUUACCCACAAUAUUUUGAUCAAACAAAUUAUGACUGGUUUAGUGAUAUAUCUCGACCCAGAAGUUAUUGGGAAGACUUACGAAAAGCAUGGUACCAGGAAGUGCUUAACACCACCUCCAAAAAUGAGGAGAUACGUCAGCUCCUAGAAAGGGGAAGAGUUUCAACUUGUCUUGCAAGUGAUUUCCGAGAGAGAAUGGACCGAUUAAUGAACUCUCGGGUACAAAUUAUGCAAGAGGAUGGAGGUGCAAGUCAAGAAGAGGCGGACGAUGAGGAUAGAAUGGUCCAAGUGAAGUCCUACCUACAGAGACAUUUGCAUCCAGCUGGUGAUCUAGGAGUAGAAGAAGAAGAAGAAGAAAUGAGCAUAAUCAGCCAUCAAUCGCAUGAAGCCCAUACCUACUUCAAUCAAUCCUCAUCAUCUAUCCAAAUGCCUUCACCAUCGGACCUAACGAGGUCAUGGAGUUCUCAAGAUGGUAAAGAAACUGGUAAUUAUUCUGAUCGGGGUCCAUCUACGUUUUCACCACCAUCUGGAGUAUCUGAAGCUCAAUAUUAUCAGGAUACUCGACGGUCCUCUUGUUCGAUAGCCCCUACUUCCUUGGAAAUCGAACUGAUUUGUGAUUUAAGAGGACACAUCGAGCAACUCCAGCGUGAGAUGGGGGAGCUAAGAAAAUCAAUUUUGAGCUGCAUGGACCUGCAGAUGAAAUUUCAACAGUAUUCCUUCAAUCGGGAACUACUUCAUUCAGGUGGAAGGGAAGAGAACAAAUCAACGGAAAGAGUAGCAUCACCAUGGAAACGCUGCUGUUGUAUAUGCUUAGAAAUGCAGGUCGACUCACUUUUGUACAGUUGCGGGCACAUGUGCACCUGCCUGAAAUGUGCGCAUGAAUUGCAAUGGAGUAGUGGGAAAUGUCCAAAAUGUACAGCUCCCAUCCUGGAUGUUGUGCCAAUCAAGUGAACAUCUCUAUUAUAAUCAUUCUCUUCGCAUUCGCAUUGCAUCGAGUUCUUGCUCUAGAGGACCGUACCCGAACCAGUACGCCUGCGGCCAGCCCAGCCCACCCACUCUUUGGAUAAUCGCCAAUUAAUGUACGUAUUAAUUGUGAGAGUAUUUAUUAAUAUAAGAAGUACUAAUUUAUAGUUUACAUUUUAAAUUGUUAUCAAAUAUGUGUUUUUUGGGGAUUAUUAUCAAUAGAGUUAAUUACAUCAAACAUCCUCAAAUUAUAAUUUUUAUUUUAAAUUGAUCGCUAAAUUUCAAAAAAUUCUAAUUAAAUUCUAAAACUAUCAAUGUUAUUAAAGUUCUUUCAUUAUUAAAAUUGUUAAAAGACAUGUAGCUUAAAUCAGAAAAAAAAUUAAAAAGAAGUGUUGCCACAUAAAACUAAAAAUAAAAUAAAACCAAGAGAAAGUUAACGACAAAAAACCUCAAAGGCAUUGAUUCCCACAUUCAUUUUUACAAUAUUUAUUUUUCUUUAAAUAUUUCAUUUUAAAUUAUGAAAUUAAAAUGUUAUAAAACCCAUCGUGUAUAGUUCUUACCCUUUUAACAAAGCGUAAAAACAUGCGAGAGCCUUCGAACUAAAUUAUGC